CAGGUGUGUGUAUGUGCGGUGAGUGUGUGAAUGUGUGGGUGUGUGAGUGUGUGCAUGUACGUAUGAGUGUGCGUGUGAGUGACUCCAGUUCCGGACUGAGGCCAUCCCUCCUGCCUAGGCCUUCAGGAUGUGUACCCUUCUCAUCCGUCCUGGAUCCUGUUCAGCCACAACAAGCUGCCCCUAAGAGCUCUAGAAACUGCUCACUAACUUUGCAGACAGAUGACCCUUGAGCAGCGAGAAGAGACUGGGGCUCUCCACGCUCGCUUGCUGUCCCCCUCGAUUGUCACCUUGGAUCCCUGGAGAGUCCUUCUAGGCUCCAGGCUGGAAUCUUGACCAUGGAACUUUGAAGUAACUGCUUUCCAGAGCUCAGUGGCAGACCCGAGCACUCGAGGCCCUUCCUGCCUUUCUCACAACCCUCUUUCAAGCUCCCAAAGGGAGGGGUGGGGAGAGGAUCCGCAUUUCCGUAGGUGUGGGUUUUCCACCAUGAUGCUCAACUCCGACACCAUGGAGCUGGAUCUGCCUCCCACGCACUCGGAGACGGAGUCGGGCUUUAGCGACUGUGGGGGCGGGCCGGGCCCGGAUGGUGCUGGAUCGGGCGAUCCGGGAGUGGGCCAGGUCCGGAGCUUAGAGCUCGGAGAGUCGGGCCGCAAAGACCUGCAGCACUUGAGCCGUGAGGAGCGCAGGCGCCGGCGCCGCGCCACGGCCAAGUACCGCACAGCGCACGCCACGCGGGAGCGCAUCCGCGUGGAAGCCUUCAACCUGGCCUUCGCCGAGCUGCGCAAGCUGCUGCCCACUCUGCCCCCGGACAAGAAGCUCUCCAAGAUUGAGAUCCUGCGCCUGGCCAUCUGCUAUAUCUCUUACCUGAACCACGUGCUGGACGUCUGAACUCAGUCCGCAUCCGGCCCUGGAUUCUCCCCUUUUCCCUGGGCCUCUCCAGAGCCCCUUGUCACCAUGCAUUACUUAGAAUGGCCGGCUGCUGCCCAUCCCAGAGCACCAGGCUCCCGUCCGUCCUGAAGGCCACUUUCUUUUCAUUGGCCCAGGAAUGUGAAGGAUGCUCUUAAGGAUUCCUUCAGAGAGUUGUUCGGGCCUAGCUGGUCAGGGUUGCUUGUCAGAGUGGUCAGAAUGGAGUCCUUGCUGGGUUAACUAAGCCUAGCCUCUACCCAGCUGCUGCCUUUUCUGCCCCAUGUCCAAGUUUUCAGAGCCCCCAGACCCUGACUCUCUGUCUUCUGACAAUGGUGGGACUCAGCAGAAUAGGAAGGGGAACUGACUAGUAGCAGAGGUUGGGCAAACGGGGUUCCUAACUCCCAGACUUGUCUGUCCAUGCGGGGGUGGGGGGGUGGGGGAGGGAGGGCAUGGACUCUUGGGAAGGCAGAGAGAUGAGGGAGGUGACUCCUGGGUAGCCAGGGAUUAUAGGAAAAUUCUUCCCUUUGUCUCUCUUGCUCCUGAGGCUUAGGAUAUAUAGACCUCAGAUCUAACUUGGUAGUGAGUGCCUUGCCUUCCUGGAGCUGACUGGCCACUCCCCGGGUCCCUUCCCACACCUGCCAUCCCAGAACUCUCCCUUUCCCUGUGCUGUCUAGAAAAAGGAACACCUCAGCCCUGGGAUAAGGAGGACACCUCCAAACAGCCCAGGGCACCUUGCAGUAGGCUCAGGCCCUGAGUGGGGCAGCUCUUCAGCCGCUGCUUCUGUCCCAGUGGACCCUUGAAAACAUGCGAACCCCACCAGCUCCUCCCUCAGACGCAGGAGGAUGCCUGCGACUGCCCUCUGCGAAGGAUCUAGGGCCUUAUUACAUUUCCCCCCUUCCUUUCUUAAAUUGCCGUGGGCAGGAAGGUGCCCCUCCCAUGCUGCUGAGCCUACCAGCCCUUGUAGCCUGUGACCACGGUCUCUGGGCUUUAGAAUCCCUGUAAAUGAAGUCACUGCUUUUCUCUGCUCCGUCCACUCUCACACCAAACUCCUAGCUCUACAAGGAUAUUUAUUUAUGUAUUUAUUUAUUCACUUAUUUAUUUAUUUAUAAAUAUUGCUAUUUAUUACCGAGUUAUGCACUUUGGGGUAGGGCGAGGGGGACUCCUUGCAGCGAGCUCUAGCUAGGGUCCUCUUGCUUUCUCCUGGGUCACUUCUUCCUUCUCCAGUGCAAGCGUGGGGAUCCCUUCACCCACCAUACUGGUAUGCCUUCCUCAGCUCCAUCUGUCUCUAUCCCCUUUCCUCUGGAAUAGUGCCCCUUCCCAGCCUCCCAGCUUCCGGGGGUCUCUCUCAAUCUCUCUCUGCUGCCCCCAAUCCUGACAAUCCCACUUCAGUCCUAUCUACUCCAUUCCUCUUUACUAGCCCUGCUUUUUCCAAUAUCACUAGGAGCAGACCCUGGGCUCUGUGUCUAGUGUCCUGUGUGGAAGUCUUUGUCUGGUUGCAUUCUUAAUUUCUUACAAAAAGAAAAAUUAAAGUGACCUCGAUCUAGUACCA